AGAAAAAUUACUAUAUUAAUUUUAUUAUUAUAUUAAUUUUUGAGCAGUUUGUAUUGACUAUAGAAUACUAGUACUAGUAUAGACUAAUUCACUAUCGACCAAAGGAAGAGAGUAAAAAAAUGAAGUGUCCGUACUGUUCGGCGGCGCAGGGUCGUUGCGCCACCACAACCACCGGAAAAUCCAUCACCGAAUGCACAUCUUGCGGCCGCGUCGUAGAAGAACGACAAUCCCAUCCCCACCACAUAUUCCACCUCCGCGCCCAAGACAACCCUCUCUGUCUCGUCACAUCAGAUCUCCCUCCUCCCACACUCCAUCAAAACAACCAACAACAAAACACCAACACCAACGAAAACGAAGAAGAAGACCCAUUCGAGCCCACGGGCUUCAUAACCGCCUUCUCCACAUGGUCCUUAGAGCCAAACCCGCUCUACCUUCAAUCUUCUCUCUCGUUCUCCGGCUACCUCGCCGAACUCGAACGGACGCUUGAGUCCUCUUCUUCUGCUUCCUCGUCUACCGUUGUUGUGGAUAACCUUAGGGCUUAUAUGCAGAUUAUCGAUGUUUCUUCGAUACUUGGAUUGGAUUGUGAUAUUUGUGAUCACGCGUUUCAAUUGUUUAGGGAUUGUUGUUCUGCUACUUGUUUGAGGAAUCGGAGUGUUGAAGCGCUUGCUACUGCUGCUCUUGUUCAGGCCAUUAGAGAAGCUCAAGAACCUAGAACCCUUCAGGAAAUUUCAAUUGCAGCUAAUGUCGCACAGAAGGAAAUAGGGAAAUACAUCAAGAUAUUGGGAGAAGCUUUACAGCUAAGUCAACCUAUUAACAGCAAUUCUAUAUCAGUUCAUAUGCCAAGAUUUUGCACUCUUCUUCAGCUCAAUAAAUCUGCUCAGGAACUGGCUACUCAUAUUGGAGACGUUGUGAUCAACAAAUGCUUCUGCACUCGCAGGAAUCCAAUUAGCAUCUCUGCUGCCGCCAUAUAUUUGGCCUGCCAACUAGAAGACAAACGGAAAACUCAGGCCGAAAUUUGCAAAGUAACUGGUCUUACUGAAGUCACUCUCCGAAAAGUAUACAAAGAAUUACUGGAGAAUUGGGAUGAUUUACUUCCCUCUAAUUACACCCCAGCUGUUCCUCCUGAGCGGGCAUUUCCCACGACCCUAAUUGCUUCUGGACGUUCAACAACUAAGAUUGAUGCUAUAGAAGUUACUUCUUUGGACUCAGAAAAUUUGCCGGAAUUUAAACCAAGUAAACCUAACGAGGUCUCGGUCAUGGUCCAUCAGUCAAGAGGAAAGGAUGAGGCCGAUGGUAAAAGCAAUGCUCGUGCAAGCAAUUCCACAGCUAUUCAACAGUCAACCUUUUGGCAGUCCCAACUUCCCAGUGCAACACACAAUCAUCAAAAUCAGAAUAUUUUAGAAUCAAUGGAUAUUGAUGCGUUGCAACGAAACCACCAACAACCUGAACCCAUGGUAGAGGUCACAAAUGGUGCUGCCAUUGCUAGUUCGCUAAACUCAAACCAACUUUACAGUCCUCCUGCUUCAAGUUCAAGCUCUAUUAUGAGGUCGUUUUCAGCUCCUCCUUCAUCUGCUCCUCCAAAUAUUCGACUAAUGCAGUCCUCCAAGACAAUGCCGGGUUUUCCAGAAUACUAAGACGAGUUCCUUGUAUGUCACUAACAUAGCUCAGAUAAACGAAAUGAGUAGAUUUCUUCGGGAGCAUACUGUUGUAUAUAUAUGUGUAUGUGGCAUUUGGUUUGCCUCUGAUAUGUGAAGUUUGUAUACACUAACUCGUCUCGUAUUGCAUUGCAUUUCAUUCUUCAAAACAGGGUAGGUUUGCAUUGAAUAUGGAAAACAUUCUAUUUUUAAAUUAUUUUUCUCA